AUGGCCAACGCGGCUGUCGCCUCCAACUCCCCCGCCAUCAACGGCACCGCGCCCGUGAAGACCAGCAACAAGUCGCGCGGCCAGCUCAAGCGGCUCAAGAAGAAGGCAAAGGUUAUGGCGAAUGGCGAGCAGGCGGACAAGCAGGCAGACCGGGAUGACCGCCCGCUCGAGCGGCCUCCGACUCAGGAACCCGAGUCGGCCGACGAGGACGUUAAGGUCAAGCUCGAGGAGGACGGCGCUGGGUCAGGCAUCCCCGACGCCUUUGCCCAUGUCUUUGCGCACUUCCAGAUCCCUGCAGACGCAGUCAAGACGGAGGAUGGCCGCGACGGCGCGACAGACGAGAAGGGCCAGGUCAUCUACUCGGACGACGAGAUGCCUUCGGAGGACGACGAGGAGCCCGCAGAGCUCUCGAAGCGCAAGCAGCGUAAGGCGAACCGCCUCUCGGUCGCCGAGCUCAAGCGCCUCGUCAAGAAACCCGAAGUCGUCGAGUGGGUGGACGUCUCUGCGUCCGACCCAAAGCUCCUUGUCCAGAUCAAAAGCCAUCGCAACACCAUCCCCGUCCCGCCACACUGGAGCCAGAAGAGGGAUUACCUCCAGGGCAAGCGCGGUCUCGAGAAGCCCGCGUUCCAGCUCCCCAGCUUCAUCGCGGACACCGGCAUCGCCACCCAGCGAGACGCCGUGAAGGAGAAGGAAGAGGGGCAGUCGCUGAAGCAAAAGACGCGCGAACGCGUCCAGCCGAAGAUGGGCAAGAUCGACAUCGACUAUCAGAAGCUCCACGACGCCUUCUUCAAGUACCAGACCAAGCCCAAGAUGACCGAGUUUGGCGAGGUAUACUACGAGGGCAAGGAGUACGAGACAAAGCUGAAGGAGAAGAAGCCCGGCGAGCUUUCGGACGAGCUGAAGGAGGCGCUGUCGAUUCCGCCUCUCGCGCCGCCGCCUUGGCUCAUCAGCAUGCAGCGCUACGGCCCGCCGCCAAGCUAUCCCAAUCUGCGGAUCCCUGGUCUGAACGCGCCGAUUCCUGAAGGCGCUGCAUGGGGCUUCCACCCUGGAGGAUGGGGCAAGCCGCCGCUCGACGAGUACGGCCGACCACUGUACGGCGACAUCUACGGCGUCGCACCUCGACAGGAUGCGAAUCAGCCGGGCGAGCCGAUCGAGCGCGAACCUUGGGGCGAGCUUGAGCCGGAUGAGGAGGUAUCGGAGGAAGAGGAGGAGGAAGAGGAAGAAGAGGAGGAGGAGGAAGAACAGGCGGCACCGGCGGACGGUCUGCAGACGCCCUCUGGUCUCGAGACACCUUCCGGCCUGGCGUCGGUCACAUCGACAGUACCAGGCGGACUCGAGACACCCGAUUUCCUCGAACUGCGGAAGCGGCGCGAGGAGACGGAGCAGUCCGAGGUCGACACUGGCCCGAAGCAGCUGUAUCAGGUCGUGCCCGAGCGCGAGGCGCGCAUGCGCGGCUUCAUGGGGUCCGACAGGGUGUACGACGUCUCGUCGCUUGGCAACGCGGCGCCGCCACCGGUUCUGGGGCAGGAGGAGCGCGGGACGAAGCGCAAGGCUGGCGGAGUCGAUGUCGCGCUCGAUGCGGCCGAUCUCGAGGGCCUGUCGGAGGCGGACUUGAGGGCGCGAUACGAGCAGGCGACGAAGGCCGGCAGGACGCACCACGAGGACUUUUCCGACUUUGUCGGCGAGGAGGUGGCCAAGCGAAGGCGGAUCGUCGAGAAGAAGAAGAGCGAUUCGGCGAAGGAGAAGUUCAAGUUCUAG